AUGUCCGCCAUCCGUAAUUCCUCAGCGCCAAAACAAAGACUAGGUCAAGUCCAACGGCAUUUCAGUGCUACUACCUCGGCCAGACAACAGAUCCAGGAUGCUUAUAUCUUGAGCGCCUCAAGAACGCCCACAGCAAAGUUCAAUGGAUCUUUUUUAACUGUCUCGGCGCCCAAACUCGGUGCAGUGGCAAUUAAAUCCGCCCUUGAGAAAUCCAAAGUCCCCGUCUCCAAAAUCACAGAUGUCUACAUGGGCAAUGUCCUACAAGGCUCCGUCGGACAGGCUCCGGCCAGACAGGCCGUUAUAUUCGCUGGGCUACCUAACACCGUCGAGGCGAUCACAAUCAACAAAGUCUGCGCAUCUGGACUGAAGGCCGUGGUAUUCGCCGCUCAAAACAUCCAGCUCGGUCUGGCGGAGGCCCAAAUCGCCGGAGGAAUGGAGAACAUGUCCCAGGUGCCCCUCUACGUGCCUCGAGCCAGCGGCCAGCCUGCAUUCGGCAAUGUCACAAUGGAGGAUGGGCUAAUCAAAGACGGGCUGACGGACGUGUACAAUAAAUUCCACAUGGGCAACUGCGCGGAGGCCACAGCAAAGAAGUUCGAGAUUACCAGAGAGAUGCAGGAUGACUAUACCAAACUAUCAUAUACCCGGGCGCAGGAGGCAUGGAAGAAUGGCGCGUUCAAGGAGGAGAUUGCACCUGUAACGGUUAAGGGCAGAAAGGGAGAUACGAUCGUCGACACCGAUGAGGGUUUCCUAGAUGUUAAGUUCGAUAAGAUCGCAACGCUGAAGCCAGCGUUUGUCCGGGACGGCACCGGAACCGUGACAGCAGCCAAUUCGUCCACCCUGAACGACGGUGCCAGUGCACUCGUGCUGGGCAACAAGGCUAUUGCGCAAGAAUUCGGUAAAGGAUCUCGAGUCCUGGCUAGGAUUUGCGGAUCCGCCGAUGCGGCCAUUGAUCCUGUUGAUUUCCCCGUCGCGCCUGCGAAGGCCGUGCCUCUGGCUUUGGAGAGGGCUGGUAUCACGAAGGAGGAUGUUGCUGUUUGGGAGUUCAAUGAGGCGUUUGCGGCGGUUAUCAAGGCCAACGAGAAGAUCCUCGGGCUGGAGGGCGCCAACGUCAACCCGCUUGGAGGUGCUAUCUCUCUAGGCCACGCACUUGGUAGCUCAGGCUCUCGGAUUCUGACAACGUUGCUGCAUCAAUUGAAGGUUGGCGAGUAUGGUGUUGCCGCUAUUUGCAAUGGAGGUGGUGCGGCUACGGCGAUCGUGGUACAGAGGAUCGAGAGUGUUGAGUAA